GAUGGUCCUCCACUCGCUGUCUCGCGUCGCCCCAGGGCUGCUCGCGCUGCGGCCGAAGCUGACCGCCGAUUCGCUGAAGCCCGGCAGGCUCCUGCGCGUGGGCAGCGCCGCCGGCCACGACGUGCAUGCCGCGGUGCUGUGCUGGUGCGGCGGCGUGGCGUUCGCCGCGCCUAUUGCCGGCUGGCCGCACGCGCCCGCCGUCAUUUGCGGCGCGGUUCCAGCUGAGGCGGCCGAGAGCGCCGUGCUCCUUGACGACAGCCUGGGUGCCUCGCCGGACGCUGUGGACGCGGCGGCCGAGGAGGGAGGCGUGUCGGUCAUCGACUGCUUUGGCGCGCCGCUCGACAGCCCGCCGACCUCGCUGCGCGACGGGUCGAGGAGGCACCGCCGCCAUCGACGUCCUCACCCCCGUGGGGCGAGGCCAGUCCAUGCUGCUGAUGGGCGAGCGGGGCACCGGCAAGUCCGCCGUUGCCAUCGACGCGGUGAUUGCGCAGGCGGCGCGGCCGCUGCACUGCGUGGUUGCUCUUUCCGACCCGGGCGCCGAGGCUGCCCGCAGCCUCGCGGAAUGGAUCUGCGAGCGCGCGGAUCGGCAGGUGUCGCUCUCGGCUUGCGGAGGCCCCCUCCCGCCUCCGCUCCGGUCGCGCCUCACCCUGGUCGCCCCCAGAGGCGGCAGCGCGUCGGAGAGAGCCCUCUUCCUGGACCUUUCCUGGACCCUUCCUGGACCCCUUCCUGGACCCUUCCUGUAGGCGGCAGCGCGUCGGAGGGAGCGCUCGUCGCGG